GAAAACAUAGCAGAAUUACUUUUCAAGAUGUUUCGGCCUCUUCACACGUUUUUUAUCUGUGCUUCGGAAAAUCUAAAUGUUUUUCUCUUAAGGAAAACAAAGACCACAAUUCAUACAUUACCCCUGGGAGGGGUUUGAGGUGGGUUACUGAAAUAUUGAACCCCCAAUCUAGACUGAAAGGAUCAUAUUGUGCACAUGAAUUAGGUAGAUAUGAGUGUCUCCGGAGCAAAAUUCUGCGUGGACAGGAUUAUACUGGAUAAAAUUAACCUGGAUGAAGUAGCCCAAUGGCAGAAUGAAAUCCAAGGGCCCUCUUUGAAAGACAAGAUCCGUGACUCUAUGAGGUGCUCUGUAGGGCGCCUCUGGACUUUGAUUCUGACGUGGAUUCCGGUUCUAUCCUGGAUUCCCAGUUAUUCCAUUCGGAAAAAUGCUCCUGGUGACCUGGUUUCGGGUGUCAGUGUGGGAAUUAUGCACCUGCCUCAGGGUAUGGCGUAUGCUCUUCUGGCUUCUGUUCCUCCUGUCUUUGGUCUCUACACCUCCUUCUAUCCUGUACUUGUUUACUUCAUCUUUGGCACAUCUAGACACAUCUCAAUAGGAACCUUUGCUGUGAUAAGUUUAAUGAUCGGCAGCGUCUCCGAGCGCCUGGCUCCUGAUGAUCACUUUUUGAUCAAUGGUACUAAUGGAACGAUCAUAGUGGAUACGGAGGUGCGAGACGAGCUACGGGUAAAAGUAGCAGCAACAACAACAAUACUUUGUGGCAUAUUUCAGGUUUUGUUAGGUCUGGUUCGGUUCGGGUUUGUGGUGACCUAUCUCUCCGAGCCGUUGGUUCGGGGUUACACGACCGGUGCAGCCACUCAUGUGAUCAUCUCUCAGCUCAAAUACAUGUUUGGAGUGUCACCCAGAAGAUUCACUGGACCCCUGCAGCUGAUUCAUACUCUGUUGGACCUGGGCAGUUUAUUACCCCAAACACAUGUACCCACUCUGAUGGUCACUCUGGUGUCUCUCAUAGUUUUGAUCAUUGUCAAAGAGAUAAACUCCUGCUACAGUCACAAACUACCUCUCCCUAUACCAGUAGAGCUCAUGGUGAUUAUUGCAGGGACUCUUAUUUCACAUAAAAUUGAUCUCAGAGAUGUUAAUGGUGUUGAUGUUGUGGGAGAGAUUCCAAAUGGGUUGGCCCCGCCCAGCCUCCCAGAGAUAUCUUUCUUCUCGUCGAUUGUAGGGGAUGCCUUUGCUAUAGCUGUAGUUGGUUAUGCCAUCAACAUUUCUCUGGGCAAGACAUUUGCUCUCAAGCAUGGAUAUAAAGUAGACAGCAAUCAGGAAUUUGUAGCAUUGGGGCUCAGCAAUACCAUUGGCGGGUUCUUUCAGUGUUACGCCGUCACGUCCUCCAUGUCUCGAAGUCUUGUCCAGGAGAGCACUGGGGGAAAGACACAGGUUGCUGGUGCCAUAUCAGCUAUUAUUGUACUUAUCACUGUUUUGAAGCUUGGUCCGCUAUUUGAGGAGCUGCCCAAAGCUGUGCUGUCCACUAUUGUUUUUGUAAAUCUGAAGGGAAUGUUCAUGCAGUUUCAGGAUAUUCCUGUUCUAUGGAAGAGCAACAGAGUAGAUCUGCUGGUGUGGCUUGUGACGUUUCUCUGUACUGUUCUGUUUAAUCUGGAUCUGGGUUUGCUGGCGUCCAUUACCUUCAGUCUUCUCACUGUGAUCUUCAGGACCCAGUGUCCACGAUAUUCUUUACUUGGUAGGGUGCCAGGCACAGAACUGUACUUAGAGACGGAGUCAUAUAAGGAGGCCAAAGAAAUCACAGGUAUAACUAUCUUCCGGUCCUCUGGUAUGAUCUACUAUGCCAAUGCUGAACUCUAUCAAGAAGCUCUAAUGGAGAAGAGUGGAAUAAAUUUUCCAAAGCUUCGCAAGGUGAAAAAGAUGAGAGAGAAACAUGCAGAGAAGACAAGAAAGAUACAAAUGAAUGAAGAGGAUAAACAGAGUGGAGUUUUGAGAGAGUUAGCAAAGAGAAUGGUGAUCUCAAUGAAGAAUGUACGUGACUCUAAACGUGCACGUCGACACGAGACUGACCGUGAAUGCAUUAUCAGUGAAUACGAGAUAUCAACAUUUGACCACAAUAACAUGGAUGAAGACUUCCAGCCAGAGCAGAUCUCCGGAAAGAUGGAUAAACACUCCAUCAUCCUGGACUUCAGUACUGUCAGCUUCAUUGACACAGUCACGCUAAAAACACUGACAAACAUAUUUCGAGAUUUUGCAGAAGUGGACAUCACUGUUUACAUAGCUGGAUGUCAAGGGUGUGUAGUUCAACAGUUGGAUCGAGGGAGAUUUUUCACAGACUCUAUCACCAAAAAUCAACUUUUCCCAUCUAUCCAUGAUGCUGUGCUGCACUGCCUCUCACACUCUAGGAGAGAUCUGCCCAGAUCUGGGGUUACACUGGAGAUGCCCGGCAGUACCAGAUUAUGACCAGCAGAUGUCAGUCUACCCUCCCUCCCCGCUGCUGUGCAUUGAUAGAGGACCCUGCGUUUCCAUGACAACAUACAUGGCUGCUGUGAUGAUUUAAGUCAAUGUUUUUUGACAAAUCACAAAAGAAAUGUUCACAGGUUAAAAAGUGUAAAAAAAUAUAUAUAUAUUUUAUGUUGUAAUAUAAGUGUAGUAAAAUUUAAUCAGUUAAAAAAAUAGAAAUUGUGUUAAUUGUAAUUGUUUUAGCCUAAUGUCAAUUCCAACCAUUUUUGGCAGUGCUUAUACCCAUUACACAUAAAGGUAAUGUAAUGUAUUGCUGGCUGGUCCUGUUUUAAUCUCAGUCCACUUUUAUUUGCUGACUUGUUUUGUGGAGGGUUUAACAAGUGCUUAUCCCAUUCCAGACCCCACAAAAUUCCAAGGCAAAACAUUUCAGGCAGUUUAUUUCAUCAGGUUUAACAUUGUUUAACACACACAGGGGCUGGUGUGGUGGACAGAAUGACUUUUGCCCCAUAUAUACAUUUUUCAACACUGGUCUUUCUUUGUUGUAAUGUAAGUAGAGAUGUGUCUCCAUAGUUUUUUAC